AACAAAUGCAACGCUUCCAAUCGGACUGCUCAGAGGUUCAAUGCAAGAACACUCUUUGUUGUUUACGCUCGCGCUUUUGUAGCCAAAAGGCGGCUCAGCUUUUCCCCACACCCGACUUUGCUUCGCUGUAUUCUUAGCAGCUCCGCAUUGGCCCAGCAUGCCUGACAUCGCCAAGUCAGACAUCUCUCCCAACCUGGACCGUGACAAGAUGUUCAACGAGCUUUGGUGGUUGAACUAUUGCUUCUGCGAAGGGGUGGGCAUCGGUGCUGUGGGCAAUCCCUUCUUCGGUGGAGAAGCAGUCAACAUUUGCUUGCACUCCAAGUGCGAGAUGACUGACAUCGGCGAUCCGUUUUGCUCCAACAUCCGUGUUUGCCUUUGCCUCACGGAUCAAUGCGCUCUCCCUCCGGCACCCGGCUCCCCGAUCUGCGUGUGCUUCAACAAAAAGCUCGCCGGUGAUGAUGGAUGGAGUGGACAGCAACUCUUCGAUUGGAGCACCAACUUCGGCGACACCUUCUGGCUCUACUACAUCUUCUGCAUGGGUCUGGGCUUCUCGGCACCUCAAGCAAACGGCCGGCCUUUCUUCGCGGUGCAAACCAAGGAGCUUUGCAUCAAGGGCGGCACGAAGUUGGCGAUGCCCAUGGAGGGCGGAAAGCUUUGCUCAGCCGUAAGCACUCGCUUGUGCUUCUGGGAUCAAUGUGCCAUGCCCCCAGCCGAAGGUGCUCCCAUGUUCGUGUGCUUCAACUUAUUGAAUCCCAAGUCGGGUGGAAAGCCGCUGGCGUACGGAUCAUGA